AUGGCGCGAGUGUCGAACAGUUCACAUGCUCUACGGGACCUCAUCCAGAGAGCUUUCUAUAAGCGGGUCUAUCCAGCAGUAGCGGUGGAACAAGCACUCGGCGAGGGCGCUGAUAUCAACAUUCAAGAUCCCUAUGGGCGGACGGCUGUUCACGUGAUCACCUAA